AUGGAAUCAUUCGCCUAUGGGUCUCUCGCGCAGAUCCGCAUCCUGCUCUUACCAGUGGGAAACAUACGGCGUUCGGCUUUCGAUAGCUAUGCGCAGGACAUCCGGAGUAUUGAUACGGUUGGACUAGCAGACCUGACUACAGAUGUCAAGGAUGAGCGAUCCCGUUUCAUGCCCAACCAUCAGCUUGCAAGUGGGAGCUUACAUCUGAAAUAUCCUUCACACCCUCCCCCGGACUCCCAUACCCCUCUGUCCCUCUUUCGUACUGCCGACUUUCCGCUCGCUGUACUGGGCAUUGCGUCAUCCGUUCCUAAUGACUCUCUUGCAACCAUCCUCUCUCAGUUCCAAACAGCAGUGCACGACGUAUUUCCGCAAGGGUCUAUGUUUCCCUUGACCAGUAACUGCUUUGUCUUUGAAGAGAAUGAGAGUACAACCAAUAUCAACCUCGGAGACCACUUCCCCGGCUUAGUGGUCAUUCCAAGCGUCAUGGGACACAAGAAGACAUAUAUUGGGACACUGGUAGCCGAUCUAUGCUCCAAAGUGCUCAUUGAACUUGCGACCGUGAUGCAAACCUUGGAAAGUCCCUUGGGCAACGAAUAUCUCAACGCUACUAUGUUCCCCCAUCUCCCACCGUCCUCUGAGAUGCCCCGGUCACUGGAUGAUGAUGCUCGCAGGGAUUCAUUACCACUCCUUCCGUCUCAUAGUAGCCAACCCGACUUGAACGGGCAACAGCGCGCCAAGACUCCGUUAGGCAUGAAGAGGACUUCCACCCUGGGUCCUGGUCUCAUGCCGAAUCGUCACAGCAGUCUUCCUCCUACUCCCGCAAUAGGUUCCAAAACAUCUACAACCGCCUCCACGAAGAAACGCCUUACUACCAUAGGCGCGGCCUCAUCCCACGGUCGACUGUUCAAGGUUCUCGCCGACUACUUCUUACUGGCAGGCCGUUUAGAGGAAGCCUCCAUAUGGUACAAUGAGUCCAUUGUGCUUUGCAAGACGGCCCAAGACGUGGCGUGGCACGCGGCAGCUCUAGAAGGACUAGCAACCAUUCCUAUCGUCGAGGCAUGGUCCUCCUCUCAUGGCAUAAAUGGCGUUGCCGGCGAUCGUGACCCAUGGGCAGAUCCUUCCGAUAAACUCACUCAAGCCAUGGCACUUUACAUGAAAGCAACACCCACUUCGGAACCCGAGGUCACCCUUUCCCUUCUCGCAUAUCUUUAUUGCUCUUCGGUUUUGCGACACAGCACACUUCUCUACUCUCUGUGGUCCUCGAAAGGAUGGGGUCCUCUUGCCUUUGCUGCGAUGCUUCAACCAGGCCCAUCCCCCUUCCUACCUCCUACACUCUCGAACGGCGCCAGCCCGACAGAACGAUCAAGUGCACGUAAUUCUUACGCUGCCUAUGAGCGACUGACUACGAUAACUGGGGUCACACGAGCACAAAUAUCUGCGUCGAUAUCCCAAGCGCACGGUCCUUGGCUCAAUCACCUCGACAUCCGGGAGAGGGUCCGAAUGCUGGAGUACAUCGCAGCCAUGUUCGGUGCUCUGGGCCACAUACGGAAGGAGGCCUACACUCUUCGCGAGGUUCUGGGUUGUUUGAUGGACAUGGUUGUAUGCGGUCGUGAAGAAAGCAGUACUGGGAGUGCGCGGGUGCUCAGCGCAGGACUUGGCAAUCGCAACAACUCUUUGAACGUCGCGACAGCACAGGGGACCGUCGGUAUCCGCGAAAAUGAGCGCUCUGAAGGCAAUGAGAGCAUUCUGUACAUUGUCAAACACGUCUGUAAGGUCCAUGGGAUCGACCUCGAAGCCGUCAAGCUCCUUGAACCUCGCCAUCCUGGUCGUGAUAGUCGAGCUUCGGAAGACUGCGAGGACGAAGACACGGACGAAGAUCUCGCACGCUCGUUGCAAGAGCCGUUCGGAUGGCCAGAGCUACAGAUGGACAUCAUUCGAGAAGCAAUUGCAGUGGCUGAGGCUUUACCCGAUUACCCUGCUGUGGCACAAUUUUCCUUCUCUGCGUUGAAAUUGCUUCAUCCGGUUAUGACUGCUCGUGAUCAACACCAGCUGUAUACCACAGGCACACGUGCGUUGGCAACCGCAAUGCGACGAGGUGAUAGGCGAGCAGUGGAUUACUGGUCUAGUCAACCAGUGGUUAGCUUAGAGGUCCUUCCCUUACCGUUGGUGAGGCUCCCCGUCGAGAAGCCCAUAUCGAUUCUAUCUCGUGCUGCCGCUGGAGCCACUUCCAUCAUCUCCGGUGUCCGGGAUCCCUUCCUAUACAACCCUCGGAAGAUGCUUCAAGGGCAGACCAGGACUAUCUUGGUACAAAACGAAGCGUUCGAUCUAGUCGUCACAUUGCGCAACCCUUAUGUAUUUGACCUGGAGCUACAAAACCUGCAGUUGAGCACUUCGGGAGUCACAUUUGUAUCAAAAGGGUUCCCUGUUGUCGUGCCUGCCAAUUCGUUCCAUCCAGUAACGAUUAACGGGAAGGCCACAGAGGCAGGUACUCUGGUCGUCCGUGGUUGUAUUGUGCAAGCGCAAGGCGGAAUCUCUCGCGAAUUUGUUCUUCCCCUAUCGACCGAGGAAGAGGAGGAACGCAAGUCACGGAGACGAAGCGCGAUCGAGUGUGAGACCGGAAGGUCGAAACAUUCAGGGUUAGCCUCACGUCCUUGGGAGAAAUCGAGCAAGAGAGGGAGCACGCAGGUCACCGCGACGAAUGCCGCCCCGGCAAAACGGGUCAUCAAAUACCUGGAGUGCGUUGUCGUUCCAGAACAGCCGCUCUUGAGGAUUCGUAGAACUUCGUUAACACAUGGGGCUGUGAUGCUGUAUAACGGUGAAAUGUCGGCGAUCCGUAUCACUUUGGAGAACGUCUCAUCGUUACCGAUUGAUCUUGUCCGACUCACGUUCGACGAUUCUACGAUCGGCCCCGGACAGCAAGCUCUGGCAGAAGGGGAAAUGUCAGUUUUUGACACCUACGAGACGGAGUACGACCUUGUGCAUCGUCCAGUGUUCACGUGGGAUGCGGAACAUGAGCCGCAAGAGAUCGGGCCCGGUCAGAAGAAAGUCGUCGCUGUCAAUUGUUUCGGCAAGGUCGGCUGCACCAACGGCGCCAUUCAUGUGUCUUAUGCAUACGUUGACCGUGCACAAGACAACCCCAAAGAGCUGGCAGACGUCUUCCAAACUCGCCAGCUUUCCUACCCGGUGCUCGUGACCGUGUACCACAUGCUCGAAUGUCACGCAAUGGACAUUUUGUCGUACUCUGGCGCGACAACGACAUUAUCUCCAGGGGUUAAAGACGACGAGGAGCUUACUGAUGCACGUAUUCGCAAGUCAAUACUGCACGUUGGCGACAUUGCGGAUUGGUGCAUCUUCUCAAUAGAGGUGCGAAAUACGUAUGGGCUUCCCUUCGAAGUGACUUUCGAACGCCAUCAAGAAGGGGUUGAAGCCGCGUCUAUUACAACAUUGGUGCCUCCUGGGUCGACAUCUCGCAUUGUAUUACCUCUAAAGAAGCUCUCUCUUUCUGAGGAACACGUUUCAAGACCAAUCCCUAUGUUGUCGGAUCGUCAGUACGUGGUAUCAUCCUCGAAGCUCUCCCCCGAAGAGGAACGAUCGCAACGCGAGUUGUUCUGGUACCGAGAAGAGCUAUUCAAAUCUGUCCGGGGUAAAUGGCGCGAGAACGGCGGAACGAGGGCCGGUGACCUAUCCCUGCGGCAACAGCGUAUGACGCUACCCAUGCUUGAGGCACUCCGUGUGGAGACGGCUCGUGUCCGCAUGACUCUGGUUCAGCAUGACGACAAUGGCAACGAGAAGCCGAUACCUCUCGAUCCGGCAGGAGUCAAGUACAUGCCCCCACCGCAUGAGUUUGUAUACCUAAGGACAACAGUGACUAACUUGUCGCCGUCUGAGCUCGUGCUCAUGCUCAAUCUCGAGCUGGAUCCAGAGGCACAUGUAGUCACGCAAGGCGAACUCGUCGACAUCCCAAUUGGACGACUAGCGCGGGGCGAAUCGUAUGAAGUGGAGACACCUCUGGCUUUCAUUGCCUGCGGAAGAUUCGACUUCGGCGCGGAGGUGUCGGCGAUCGGCCGACAACCAGAUUUCACUAUUGUGGGACAUGGGAGAAUGCGGAUUAGCGUUGCAUAA